AUGUCAACGCGGCCUCGAAGCCGCCACAUAACCGAUCUUCCGGAUCCGAUUCUCAAAGUGAUCCUUGCAAAGUGAGUGUCUAUCUUUUGACAGUUUGAUCGGAAAUCGCAAUCUUUCCACGAAUUCCAUCGUGCUCUCAUCAUGAUAAGAAUCGUGGAGACAAAGAAGGAAAUUGAUGGCUGAAGGGGUGCCUUUUCCUUCCCACUGAUAAGGCGAACUGGCAACAUUUCGCAUUUACUCGCAGCCAUUCCGUACUCGACUUUCAUUUUUAUUCGUUUUCAGCUGCUCUUCCGUCGACAUGACCCGUUGCUCGCUCGUCAAUAGGCAGUUUCGUGAGCUGAUCGAAGAUAUGGAAGACGAGAAGGCCGAGUCUCUGCGUUCCUGCCAGAAGGCCAAGAUCUUCAUUUGCGACCGAAGACGUGCUAUUCUCGAAGGCGUCAGUACGGUAAUGCCGACCCGUCUUUCCCGAACUCCGAAGAACAGCGAGUCGACCGAUUCUGGCUCGUCCUCUUCCGCCUCCAUCGCUUCCACCUCUUCAUCAGCUUCCGAAUCAGACAGCAACUCGUCACGAACCAAAACCAAGACUCGUCGCCAGCAGACUAACCAACAAAAAGAUUUACGAAGGCGGAACGUUAGUGAUCGAACAAACACGACGGCGACAACGGACAGCUCUGGAAAUAAUUCGAAGGCGACCACAUUCAUCAGCGAUCAGUACACCGACACCUCCGAUCCGCACUGGGCAUUCGCAUUCGACUUCGAGCCGUGGCUUCAAGAAUACGAGGUGAACGAGGUCUACUUCAAGAACUUCUGCUCGUUCCUCGAACGCGAAAAGAUUGAUGAUCCGAUGUCGCCGAGCUCGUAUAAAGGAAGAACUGCCUACUACGAGAACCAGAUAAAGGCAGCAGCGAUGGGAAUGCCGGACGGUCAAUACGUGAGGCUGAAUCCAGAUGCCGAAAAGGAGAUGCAGAUGCAGUCGGCCGGACGCAUAGAACGACUCGCCGAGAAGUUGGCCAACAUCCGUGGAGCCCAUUUCAUCUUCAAGGAUUCGGUGUGUUACGGAGCUCGUCCUCCAGUCACCAUCUUCUAUUUCCUGUCAAUGAUGCGUCGGAACACGCGCGCGCUGACUUUCGAUCACGUGCAAGCGGCAAAGAAAGUGGAGCUGCACGAGGUGCUCAACCUUUCCAACCUGCAUCGUCUGACUGUCAUUCAACCGGAAUCGCAACCGUGCGUUUUCGUGCGCGGACAGCUCCUCGCCAACUGGAUCAAACUGCCAGACGCGAUCCGAAAACGCAUCUCGGUCCAUCUUGUUGGAUGCCUGGAGUUCCGUCCGGGAGACCUCUUCCACUUCGUGAAGGAAUGGAUUGAUUUCACGAAGCCGACGAUUUUCAAGCAGAUCUCCAUCGAUGCCGGCUCGUACAAAUACAACGAGUUUAUGAACAGUCUAGAGCGUCUCCAGAACAUUUACGAGAAUCGGCCGCCACGCAGCCCGAUGAAUCGCUCGUUUGGAAAGGAACAGAAUCAGCACUCGAUCGUGCUUGAACGCGUCUUUCGAAUGACACACCCGAAAGAUCGCCGCUUUGCCAUCCAGCUCAAGUACUGUAAGCCAUCGAGGUAAGUAUUACGUCAAAUGAUUCCAUAAUUCAAUGAUUUUCCCUUCAGACGCAUGGUGCUGACUGUCGAGAAGGAAGCUGCUCCAGUGCUGGCAUCCGUCAAGACUCUGUCGCCAGUCGCCACCGCCACUCGUCUCCUCUCGCGUCCACAAUCUGCCGCCUCUUUCAUUUCGACUCCGUCUCGGAAAACGUCGUCCUCCUCGUCAACUCUGCUGAAGCCGGUGUCGCCGAUUCCCACCCAGAAUCGCCAACGUAAGUGCCGUUUCUCAAACAUUUGCGCCCACACGUUCUCAAGCAUCAUGGCGCCAGAAACGACGUCAUUCCCCUGUGUGUACUCAUUUCCAAAUGUUCUUUUUUCAGUCGGUCGGCCGCUUUCCCACGAUCCCGUUCAUAUGGGAUGCCGCGAUAACGCUGGUGGCAGCAACGUCUUCAACCGGCUCGUCAGCUUCCUGGGAACUUCUAGUUGA